AUGGAGGAAGGCGAUGAUGUGCUUUCGCACAUUAACAAGAUUAAGACGCUGGCGGAACAACUCGACGCGGUGGGUGCUCCGGUCAGCGAAGACGACCUGGUGAUCACGCUUCUUGGAAGCUUAAGUGAGUCGUUUGCAUUUCUCAUUACUGCUUUGGAGUCAAGGGCCGACUCGCUGUCGUGGGAACUGGUGACAUCCAGGCUGCUACAUGAAGACAUGAAGCGCAAGGAGCAAGGCAGUGACGGGGUCGCUGCAGGUCAAGCGUUCAUGACAGGUGAAAAGAAGCGUAGUGGACGGCCACUCAAGAAGACUGGCGCGUGCAACUACUGCGGCAAGAUGGGUCAUUGGAUCGCGGAAUGUACCUCGCGGAUCCAUGACAACGCGGACCGGCAGCGUCCGCAGCGUGCGAAUGUGGCGCACAACCAAGAUGAAAACUUGAACGAUUUCCUGUUUGCAGCUGGAUUGGAGAGCAACGACGACGACAGCGUCAAGAAUCCAGCAUGGCUCAUAGACUCUGGUGCGACGCAGCACAUGUCAUUCUCAAAGCGGUUUAUGACAAACUACAAGAUCAUCGAUCCAGUAAACGUUCAUCUCGCAGACGACGGGGUCGUGCAGGCGAUUGGGACCGGCAACGUAGUGAUGAUGAUGAAGACACCAAGUGGUGCCAAGAAGGGUGUGCAUACGAAUGUGUGGCACAUUCCAAAACUGUCACGCAACUUAUUCUCCGUUGGACGAUUCACCAAGGAUGUUGCUACAGUGACGUUUGAUACGAGCGCCUGUUAUGCAAAUUUCAAGAACCAGAAGUGGAAGAUCGGCGAGCGUGCCGGCAAAGGUCUCUUUAAACUAUGCAUGACACCUGUGCAAGUCGAGAGCGCGAGCAUCGCAAGUGAAUCCAACAAGCCUCAGAUGAGCAAGUCAUACUUGUGGCAUCUGCGUCUUGGUCACAUUGGCCAUCGUGGACUCGACGCGAUCGUGAAGCAGAAUCUCGGUGUCGGCAUCGACAUUACAUCUGUGGGCAAGUGGGAGCUUUGCAACGGAUGCGCGCUCGGAAAGCAGACGCGAGUGAGUUUUCAGUCAACUACACGUAAACCAGCCAAGGACCUGCUCGACGUCGUGCACUCCGAUGUAUGUGGACCAAUGCAGACUUCGACAUUUUCCAACAAGCGCUAUUUCGUCACGUUCAUCGACGACAAGUCGCAUUUUUGUACUGUGUACCUCAUUCACAGCAAGUCUGAAGUGUUAGACAAAUUCAUGCAGUUCACCAAGUUUGCCGAGACUCAGACCGGUCGUCGCAUCAAGAUGCUCCGCAGCGACAACGGUGGAGAAUAUGUGUCCAACAAGUUCGCCGCGUUCUGUCGCAACAAAGGCAUCAUACAGCAAUUUACGCCGCCGUACACCCCACAACUUAACGGAGUGGCGGAGCGAAUGAACAGGACUCUAGUCGAGAGUGCUAGAUGCAUGAUUGAGCAUGCGGGACUAAGCAAGCGCUACUGGGGCGAAGCAGUGUCAACGGCAGCGUUCCUACGCAAUCGAUGUCCAACGCAAGCAAUUGGCCAUGACAAGUCCCCGCACGAGGUAUGGACGAAGACGAAGCCAUUGCUGAAAAACCUGAAAGUCUUUGGAUGUCACGCAUAUGUGCAUGUGCCGAAAGAGAAGAGGUCGAAGCUUGAUGCGCGAUCGACGUUGUGCCGCUUCUUGGGCUACUCAGACCACGAAAAGGCGUACCGGUUUGAAGAGAUAUCAAGCAGUCGCAUUCUAGUGAGUCGCGACGCCCAAUUCAUGGAAGACAUGUUCGACAGCGGGAAGUACAUGCAACAAAGUGGCAUCGACCCUAUCGAGUAUCAUAACACUGAUGAAGGCUUCAACGACCGUGACAACGGGGUUGCCAAUGAAGACAUGGAUGCGCCUAUGCCCGAAUCAACAUCGAUCCAUUAG